CAACACUCGACAGCAGCAGACGUUAGGCACCACUCAGAAGCAGAAGCAGCAGCAGCAGCAGCCCCAGCCAAAUUCCAAACUCGACUCCAGUUUCAAAUACACAAACACACACACACACAGAGAGACCAUGUAUCCAGCCACUCAGUUGCUGCGUCUGCGCAGCGCCUCCGCCUUGAGCAGCGCUGCUACACGCUCGAUAACGACCAAACGCCGGCAGAGGAACACCAGCACGGUGAGCGCCGAGAGGGCGCGAGCUCAGGGCGACAGCGAGACGGACAAGUUCCUGCACUACAGCCCCGAGGAUGGCUACUACAAGACCUCCCCCUACGACCCCAUCGUAGUGCGCAAUGUGCCGCUCCACGAGUACGUCUGGCGGGACUUCAAGAAGUGGGAGAGCCGCACGGCAGCGGUAUGCGUCGUCACCGAUCGCCAGUAUACGUUCGCCCAGAUGCGGGAUGCCAGUGCCGCCUUUGCGGUUCGCCUCCAGACAAAGUUCAAGCUCCGCAAGCCCGACGUGGUGGCCAUCUGUCUGCCCAAUUUGCCGGAGUACCCCAUCGCCACGCUGGGCGCCAUCGAGGCCGGCCUGACGGUUACCACCGUCAACCCCAUCUACACCGCUGAGGAGAUAGCCCGCCAGCUAACCUUCAGCGCGGCGAAUCUCAUCGUGGGCACCGUCCAGAACUAUGGAACUCUGAACGAGGCCUGCAAGCUGGCCGGUAAGCGGCUGCCCAUUGCCGUGAUCCGGAGCCGGCAGGAUGAUUCCCUGCCCGCGGGAGCCAUCGACUUCUUCGAGCUGAUUAGCACCCAGAAUGUGCGCUACGAUGACCUGCAGGUGCCGAAGGAGGCGACUGCGGACGACAUGGUCUUCCUGCCCUUCUCCUCGGGCACCACUGGCUUGCCCAAGGGCGUGAUGCUGUCCCACAACAACAUCACCAGCAACUGCGAACAGGUCCAGGCCGCCCUGACGCUAAACCUGAACGUCCAGGACACGUUGCCCGGAGUGCUGCCUUUCUUCCACAUCUACGGCCUCACUGUGGUGAUGCUGUCCAAGCUCGGCCAGGGCUCCAGGCUGGCCACAAUGCCGGCCUUCAAGCCGGAUGAUUUCAUGAAGGCCCUGGACCAGUACAAGGGCAGCAUCUUGAAUCUUGUACCGCCCAUAGCGCUCUUUAUGAUCAAUCAUCCCAACAUAAAUGAGCAGACGGCCCCCGCAUUGAGAGUUGUGAUGAGCGGAGCCGCACCUAUUGGCCAGCACGAUGUAGAGCGUUUUCUGCAGAAAUUCCCCAAGGUCGCCUUCAAGCAGGGCUAUGGCAUGACCGAGGCCUCGCCUGUUGUGCUUCUUACACCAGAAGGCAAUACACGCUACGCCUCCACGGGCAUCCUUUCAGGCUCUACUGAGGCCAAGAUUGUGCCCCUGGAUGGCGCUGAUUUGAAGGGUGUGGGACCCCGUACCACUGGCGAGCUGUGUGUGCGUGGACCUCAGGUGAUGUCCGGAUAUUUGAACAACGAGGAGGCCAACGAGGUCACCUUCUUUCCGGGCAACUGGCUGCGCACUGGCGACGUGGCCUUCUACGACGAGGACGGCUACUUCUACAUCACGGACCGCAUGAAGGAGCUGAUCAAGGUGAAGGGCUUCCAGGUGCCCCCAGCGGAGCUGGAGGCGGUACUCCGCGACCACCCGAAGAUCCUCGAGGCCGCUGUCUUUGGGAUCCCGCACGAGGUGAACGGAGAGGCGCCACGAGCGAUUGUCGUGCUCAGGCAGGGCCAGGAGGCCACGGCCGAGGACAUCGCCGCCUAUGUGGCCGAGCGCGUGGCCCACUACAAGAGGCUCGAGGGCGGCGUUAUCUUCGUGGACGAGGUGCCCAAGAAUCCCACCGGCAAGAUACUGCGCAAGGACCUCAAGGCUCAGUAUUCCGACUGAGCCCUAAGCACGCCUCCCUAGAUCGGGAUCUACGAGUACGAGUACUAUAUAUAUAUUUCAAUCGUUUUUUUUUUUUUGUCUGUUUUAUAAUGUGUGUAUGAUAUCCACCAAUGUUGGCCCUGGUCCGAAGAGUUGAUCCCGUGCGGGCUUGUGUGAGCAUUGCAUUUAGACCUUCGAAAACAUUUAGUCCUAGACUUAGAAGUAGGUCUCGAUUAGUCAUUCGAUUGGUCCAUAGUCUGUAAGAGUAGAAUAGGCUGAACUCGUAGUGUAAGCACCCUCUUCCACUCCCCCUACCUUCGACCCCCUAUCCCGUACCUAGCCCCUACCCACCAUCCAUACAUCAGACCUAAAACUAUAAUCUAUUACACUAUAUACAUAUAUAUAUAUAUAUCAGAUCAGAUCAGAUCGUUUUAUUAUACUUAAUGACGGACCCAGAUCGUAUUGGAGCGUUGAUAUUUCAAAGUUUAAAGACGAAAUUAUGAUAUUCACAACUAAUUUUUUUUUUGUAUAGUGUCCUAAAAUAUAUUUGUUUGUUAAAUGUAUGGUAAAGAGAUGCUGGCAUAUGGCAUGCAUCCAUAAAUGUAUAUGAUAUGUGUGCUAUAAUAUUCGAGAAUAAAGACGGAAUGAACAAGUUA